AUGCACAUUACGGUUGCAAGUCGAAGGUCCAGACAGGCCUUUGAGGCGGAGCCUGUAGAGGGGGUGUGGUCUGUGUGGGGGGAGUGGUCAGAAUGCUCUCAAACCUGUGGUGUGGGCAUUUCACAAAGGAGCAGGAAGUGUUUACCCCCUCCACUUCCUCAGACCCCUCCCAUCUCACUCUCCCCGCCAAACUGGGCUGGUUAUUUGCACAGAAGCAACGGGGAACCUGCAGCCUCACCUGUCAACCCUUUCUACCCUCCUCGUUACCCAGGGCAACACCCGCCUUAUCGCUCUCCAUCAUCCUCCAACAAUCAUAAUCCUGGAUUACCUUUGUACCGGAACACCCCCGCUGGAGGAGAAAGGCCUCAAGUUCUAGGACCAGAAAAUCGCUCUCCUCCUUUUUACCAUUCUGAAUCGUCUCCGGCCAAUCAAAACCCUGCCUCUGGUUACCGAUCGCCUUACUACACGCCCUCACAGGGCUACAACCCACCAGCACGGGUCAUCAGGAGGUUGACCAAUCCAGGAGCAGCGAGAGCCGGAGGAGGCGGGAGCAGGCGCUCGGUCUCCACCAAUCUGGAGGGUUUACCUUCGAGAAGGUCUUCCAGCAUCCGUCCAGGUCAGUUUGGGUACGGAAAGGUUCCCUUCUCUCUGCCUUUGCAUCGCACCAACCGCCAAGCUCGCCACACUGCUAACGGCACCGAUGAAGCUCUCGACCUGAGUGAUGAUGAAGAAAACACCAAGAACCUAGAGGAGACAGAGAUUGAUGAGGAAGAUGAGACGGGGAGGACAGAGGAGGAGAACGGGCAGCAGGAGAUCAGUAAGGCACCUGCUGGUGAGGAGGUGCCCCCCACUGUAAGGCCACGUCAACACGUGGACAAACCGUCCCACACGGAGCUGAGGAGGAUCAGAGUCCAAUCUCAGCACCCCUUCCAGCGCUCCUCAUCACCGCCUGUCUUCAUCAACCGCCACCGAUUCGACUGGAACUCCAUCACUGCUCCUCCUCCUUCCCUCUCGCGCCAGCGCUCCUCUCCACUUUUCUCCUCGCCUCUCCACCAACCCGGCUCUGCGCACAGAGACCAGGAACCUCACCCAGAUUUCAACCCUCAACCCGCACCACCUGCAGGCAACGUCUACCCCUUACAGCACCAGCACACGCCUCACCAGGGAGUCGAGUCUGGGAGGCACGGAGGAGGAGCUUUUCAAGUGUUCAGAUGCUCAGGACCGGAGAAGGAGAACCGCAGGUGCUUCUCUCAGGUGUGCGGAGGAGCUGCGUCGGACUCCAGAGCGGAGCAGUGCGCGGCCUUCGACUCCCAGGAGUUCAUGGGUCGCCUCUAUAACUGGGAGCCUUUCACUGAAGUUGGUCCAGACAAGCAGUGCGAGCUGACCUGCAGACCCGCUGGCUAUCGAUUCUACGUUCGUCUGGCUGAGCGCGUCAGAGACGGGACGCCCUGCUUCAACGCAAGCGCCAACGAUGUGUGUGUAGAAGGACAGUGUCUGACCGAGGGCUGUGACGGGGUUCUGGGCUCCGGUGCUGUAAUUGACAAGUGUGGAGUGUGCGGUGGGCGGGACACCUCCUGUCAAAAGGUGACGGGAAGCUUCCAAAAUGUCACGGUUCCCCUGGGUUACCACAAGAUCCUGGACAUUCCACUCGGAGCCACGUUUAUUAACGUCACGGAGAGACGAGCAAGCCCUAACUACCUUGCAAUGAGGAGCGGCACGGGGGUGUCUGUGGUGAACGGACGCUGGGCCGUGGACCCUCCUGGGGAGUACCAGGCAGGAGGAACUACUUUCACCUACGCCCGACCCAGAGCGCAGUCGGAAGUGGAGGAAGAGAGAGGCGAAUCGCUGAGGGCACGAGGACCCACCACAACGCAGCUGCAGCUGUAUAUAAUAUUCCACAAGGACAACCCGGGCAUCGAUUAUGAGUUUUACAUCCCGGUGGAGAAGAAAGAGGGUGAAAGGGAGAACCUGCUGGAGAGGGAGACGCCCAGAGAGGCACCGAGGGAGAGAGUCAGGGAGCGGGAGCCAGCGAGGGCACCCCUUCAUGGUCCCCUUACUGUGUCAGUAGAGGAGCCUCCUCCUAUUUCAGUCCCUUCUUUCCCCUCCUCCUCCUCCACGUCUGUGUUUUCUCCCCCAUCUUUUCACCGCUGGCCACCUGAGAGAACCCGCCCUCGAGGAAUGGGGCCCAACAGGAACGCUCGGAUCCCCCCUCGGACUGACCUGCCACCAGACACUCAGCUCCCCUUUGUUUGGAGGAAAGGAGGCCUCACGGAGUGUUCUGCUUCUUGUGGAAGAGGUUCUCAACACAGAGAGAUUUUAUGUGUAAACCGUCACACGGAUGAAGAAGUACCAGAGGCGAAGUGUGACUCUGCAGCCAAACCUGCUGCUGAGGAGGAGCCAUGCAACACUCAGCCCUGCCCGCCGUUUUGGGAGGCCAGCUCCUGGUCGGAGUGCAGCGUUUCUUGCGGGACCGGCGUGCAACAGAGGCAGCUCCAGUGCAGGCAGAGCUUUGGGACGCGCUCCACCAUGGUCCACCCUCAGCGCUGCGCCCACCUCACCCCGCCAGAGUCCACGCAGGCCUGCGAGCUCCGCCUCUGCUCCCAUUGGGAGGUCGGCUCUAACUGGACCACGUGCUCAGUUGACUGCGGAGUGGGCCGAAGGAUGAGGAGCGUCCGCUGCGUCAGCGAUCAAGGCGGCGUGGUGAGCGACAACGAGUGCAACUCUAGGCUUCGCCCACAAGGAAGCGAAGAGUGCAACAUGGGCCCCUGCGUGACCAACUGGUACUUCACUGACUGGUCCAAAUCUUGUUCGGCUCAGUGCGGCCCCGGGGUGCAGAAGAGGGAAGUGGUGUGUCUCACCAGAGGAGGGGUCAGAGACGGCGGAGGAGGGGGGGACUGUGUUGCUGAAAAACCGAUGGAGAUGAAAGCGUGCAACAGAGGUCUUUGUGUGCCUACGGUUUUGUGGUACAGCAGCUCCUGGUCGCAGUGCAAUGUGCCGUGUGGGGAUGGAUCCCAGAGACGGGACAUCAUUUGCGUGAAGAAGCUGGGAAAUAACUUCACUGUGACGUCAGACGCUGCGUGCGCUCACCUGGAGAAGCCUGCGGCGGUGCAGGAGUGCCAGAUGGGCGAGUGUCAGCCUCAGUGGUUCACGACGGAGUGGAGUGCGUGUUCACGUUCGUGCGGGAAGGGCUUACAGGUGAGAGAAGUCCGAUGUCUGACGCCUGACAAAAAGCACAGCCAAGCCUGUGAUCUCGGCGCCAAACCUGAACAAGAACAAAUCUGCAACACGAUCCCCUGUGGUCCACAAGUCGCAGAUAAAAACUGCAGAGAUAGACGAGACAACUGUUUGAUGGUGGUGCAGGCCCGAAUGUGCGUCUACUCCUACUACAAGACAGCCUGCUGCGCCUCCUGCACACACAGCGCCCAACGCGCCAAGAGGCACUGAGCAGGCCCAAGUGACCCGUCACCAUCUGGGAGGACGAGUCUGAAGAAACGGACGCCUCAGAUUCCACAUUCAGAUCAAAUGUAGCUAUGUUUUUCCUCCCCCCCACUGACUUUUCAGGUAAAACACUGUGAGAGCAGCUGCUUCCUUCUGCCAUAAAGUCGUCAUAUAAUCGGUAACCUCCUCAUCUGUGUGCAUUGUUCACGGUGCUGGCGUUUUCCACUCCUGGAGGCUCAUCCCUGUGCCUGUUAGGUUGUAGUGGAAGGUGCUCACAGAUGUACGUUCAAACCCCUCCUAAUGUAAGCAGAUGGAUCAAACACGGUCACGUUGCCAGAUAAACGGGAUAAGGUGUAUCGACGGGCUGUGACCCCAGCC